AUAUUUUUUUAUUUUAGUUUUUUAUUAGUUUUUUUUAAUUGAUAACUGAUCACAAAAUAUGGAUAUUUCUGAAUUUCAUUUUUACUGCUAAAACUCAGUAAGUUUAACACACAUACACCUCAUUCAGAAAUGUCUUUUAAAAUCCGCCACUGGUCAUUGGUCGAAGUUACUUUAUUACCAGUUCAUCUCCACACCCCUAACCCAUAAUUUACAUAGAGCCUUGGUGCUUUUGCAUGUCGAGUCCGAUCGAACCGUUAAUAAUAUUCAGACGCAUCAAAGUUGCACACAAGGCAGAACUUUAAAAGUAUAUCCUACGACCGUGUGAUUAGUCUUAUUUUAUUUCUUCUAAUCCGUUGAUUAGUCACUUUGGAUUCAAACGAAGGAAACCCCACUCCUCGCAGGGUGUGUAUGACAAACACAACAGGGAAACAAAGUUCGCAAGUUGGUGAGAAAAUUUAAUCCACGUAACACAGAAAAGAAUGUGGUCCAUACAGUUACUACAGAGGACGUUUAGAUUAAGCUGUAGAGUUAAUUACCAGAGGAGGCAGCAAUGGAUGCGGACUUUCUCCUCUUCUCCCUGUCUGCUGAAUAAAAGUCCUACGCAUUAUCCCACAGACAAAAUCAAAAAUAUGCAGGACUUCGAGGAAUUUGCCAGCCCUGAGGAGAAGAAACACCUAGAGAUACUGAAGGCGGAGUUCAUGACCUUAUGUAGAGAGGGGGUAUUAGACAUGGCUGAACCUACAGAUGAACAAUGGCUGCUUCACAUGAACCUGGAGUCUUCCAAUGCCAGACGCCAACACUUUCGGCGCAUUCAGAAAAAGCAAUAUCGAAAUAUAAAAAAAGAGGAGAAAAAAAAUGAGCAAAAGGACCAGGCAGAAGUUGUCAGAACGUAUGAAGCAGAUAUUUUCUUCAAGAAAUUAUACAAUUUUACGAGAAAGUUUCUGAUUCAAAGCCGUGUUGCUCAGGCAAUGAUUCUCGAAGAUCCCAUUCUGAUUGAUUUAGGAUUCGCAGACGCUUUAACGUACAGUGAAAUUAGUCUAGUUGUCAAACAACUGUAUGAUCUUGCAGGGUACAUAAAUGCAUCAGCUUUGGAUCCAACACCUACUCUGAAUGUAAUUUUUUGUAAUGCCAAACCUUCGGUGCAAGAGAACAAGUUCCUGGGACUUCUACAGUCACGAUUUGAGAAGAAUUUGGAGGAGGGUCUCGAUAGCAUGCCUGUGUCCUUAAUCACAGAGAAAAGCUACCUAGAAUUAUUUCCACGAGAUGAUUUGGUUUAUCUGACACCAGACGCGCACAAGUACUACCAUCCAUCAGAAGACGGCAUUCCAAUCAUAGGCGCCAUCGUGGAUAAGACAACACAAGACAAAUUGACGCACACCAGGGCAUUUGAAGAUCAAGUUAAAAUGCGAAAACUCCCCAUUGACUUAACAGUUAAUAAAUUUUAUGGAUCCAAGAGGCUUCCAAUAACCCAUGCUGUGGAUUAUGUGUCAAAACUGCAAUUUACUGGCGAUCCACAUCAGGCAAUAACUGCUUUGGCACCGAGAAAUUUUAAAGUCCCCGUGGAGAAAGCAAAAAAUGUGAAGAAGUAUACACAAUAUUGACAGAUUUGUGAAUAAAAACAUCACAUUGACUUGACAUAGAUGGGAAUUAUAACAUCACAUUGACAGAGAUGUGAAUUAAAACAUCACAUUGACAGAGAUGUGAAUAAAAACAUUUAUUCAUAUUGCCAGAGUAUGGAAACAGAACAUUAUAUCAGCACAGAUAUGAAUGACAGAGAUGUAAAUCUGAGAUACAAGAAAAAUAUGUGAUAUAUUGGCAGAGAUGUGAAAAUGAUACAUGCCACUAUAAAAAUUUUGAAAGGUAUAGACACUCAUACAUAAGGAUUCUGAAUAAUUGUCAGUGAAUGUAAAAUAUCUGUGUCUCGACCAAAAGACAAACAGACUUUGGCUAAUCACUCUAAGUCUCCAUUACGAUUUACAUGUAUUGAAAAAUCCUGGCACAAGCAAUAUUUAAUUUUCAUAUUUAACCAGAGGAUUUAAUUAGUACAUGUAAGUCUGACAACUACAGGUAUUUGCAGUAUGCAUUAAAAUUUAGAUUUGUCAAUUAUUACUGCUAGCCAGUUCUAUCAUUUAUGGCAGGUAGACCUAACCAGCCUAUUUGCUGUUGUGUUUUGCUCCAUGUAAAUUUUUCUCUUA